UAUUUCAGUACCCUUGAAGCGGACAGCUCUCCCCGGAUCCACACGCUGCUCACCGCCGGGCUCCGCAUCCCGAGCCUGGAGGGCAGGAGGAGAUUAUAAUUCAUCUAUCUAACAUAGGGGGGAAGGUGUAGCCGCUACGUUAAAGGCAAACACCUCCUCCUUCCUCUAAGAUCGUGACCACUUGCACGCCGCUGAAGCCGUAGCGGAAGGGUGAGAAAGAGGGAGGAAAAAAGAAGGUAGUUGCAGCAUCAUCACCGCCACCACAGAGAGAGAUGGCGGAGUGCGGGCGGAAGGCGCUGUCUCUCCUGGAAGCGGCCCGCUCCCGGUACGAGAGCUUGCAGAUAUCCGACGACGUGUUCGGGGAGUCCGGGGAUGACAGCAGCGACAAUCCCUUCUACAGCACCUCCGGAGACUCCGACUCAGACAACUGCAUAGCCGAGGUAGGCGAGGAGGAGCACCACCAUCAUCACCACCUCCACCACCACCACCAACAUCACCAACAAAAGCGGGGCGAUAAGGAGAGUGGGCACAGCGGGGGAGCUGGAGGUGGCAGCACCGGAGCCGGUCCUCCGGGCUCUCUGUCCCGUAGCCAGGCGGAGGAGGAGGGCUGGACGGAGACCCUGCAGGAUGUCACGGUGCCGCCGUACAAAGAGACAUACGGCCCUGCUCAGAAGAUGCCGGCCACCGCCACAGCUCUAGACUUCUUCCAGCUCUUUGUCCCGGACAACUGCAUCCAAAACAUGGUCACCCAGACUAACAUGUAUGCCAAGAAGUUCCAGGAGCGCUUCGGCUUGGACGAGGGCUGGCGCCCCGUCACGGCCCAGGAGAUGAAGGCAUUCCUGGGCUUCGUCACCUCCACCAGUGUGCACCGCUGUGAGUCAGUGCUCAGCAUUUGGAGCUCAGGAUUCUUCAGCAACCGGAGCAUCGCUUUGAAGAUGAGCCAGGCACGCUUCGAGAAGAUCCUUAAAUACUUCCACAUCGUGGCUUUCCGGCCGUCACAAGGAAGCAACCAGGGCCUGUACAAGAUCCAGCCCUUCCUGGACUCACUGCAGCAGUCAUUUAGCUGCACCUUCAGACCUUCACAGACACAGGUUCUUCAUGAACCCUUGAUAGACGAAGACCCAAUCUUCAUCACCACCUGUACGGAAAGAGAACUGAGGAAGAGGAAGAAACGGAAGUUCAGUCUCUGGGUCCGACAGUGCACCUCCACAGGAUUCAUCUGUCAGAUCUCAGUCCAUUUGAAGGACGGCCAGGGUACUGACGGUCUGGCCACCCUGAAGAACAAGCCACAGCUACACAGCCUUGUGGCCAAGCAGCUCUGCCAGAACAUCUCUGGCAGGAACACCAUCAUCUUCACCGGGCCGUCCAUCACCAGCCUCAGCCUCUUCACCGAGUUCAGCAAACAAGAUAUCUUCUGCUGUGGUCUGCUGAGCACCAGGAAGAGCGACUGUACAGGAUUACCCCAGAACAUGCUGGUCUGCGGCUCCACACCGGCGCAGCGUGGUCAAUCACGAGUGAUGAUGAAGGGCAGCAUGUCACUGAUCAGCUGGUACAACAAGGGACACUUCAGGUUCCUGACCAAUGCUUACCCCCCAACAAAACAAGGUAUGAUCAUUAAGAGAAAAAGUGGAGAGAUUCCAUGUCCUCUGGCUGUCGAGGCGUUUGCGGCUCACCUCAGCUACAUCUGCAAAUAUGACGACAAGUACAGCAAGUACUUUAUCUUCCAUAAGCCCAAUAAGACCUGGCAGCAGGUGUUCUGGUUGAGCAUCAGCAUCGCCAUCAACAACGCAUACAUCCUCUACAAGAUGUCUGACGCCUACACAGUCAAACGCUACAGCCGGGCGCAGUUUGGAGAGAGACUGGUUAGAGAGCUGCUGGAUUUAGACGACUGUUCCCCCACACAGUGAGGAAGAGGAGGGGAAGGAUGAGGAGGAGGACAGCAGGAGUGCACAACACAUACACACAAACACACAUGCAAUCACACACACACACAAACACAAUCGUCACACACACAUACACACACAUUUUCUCACUCUUCAUUACGGUUGUGCAGACUCUGCAGUCUGUGUCUAUGUGAUAAUACUGAAGCAGUGCCAAGCCUAUGUCUUUCUCCCUCUAGUUGUUUUUUGUGGUACUGUAAAUAUUCAUUAACACAUGACUGCACUACAAAAUAGAGAAUUAUGAGCCAUGGGACAGUUUACAUGACUCAACUGCAACUUUUAACACAGAUUUACUAAGGAUUUGUCAGCAGGAGCCAUUUCAAAUGCAGAGAUGAAGGCAGCAACAAUGAAACAAUGAAUAUGUCACUCCUAAAUGAUGUCAGCUUCAAGUUUGAACUCUUAUCAAAGAGUUAAAUCAUUGAUAUGAGCCUGAAUCUCAUAUUUGAGUGUUCAAUCGUGUACUCAUCAGACAAAAAAGCUACUUGUAGCUCAAUAUUUACACUCUGCAAAAACACUUGUGACCCUGUAACAAAAGCUUAGUAAACCAGGACUAUGGUGUGUUCACACGCUGCAUGCAUAAAGAAUCUGGAUUGUGAUGUUCUCUUGUAAAGAUGAAUUCUGCUCCAGGUGGGUUUUGAAAAUUUCCGUUUGUGUGUAUGUAUUUAGCAAGUGGAACUGCUUUUCUGCGCAACUUUGAGGCUGAGGAUGUAAAUGUAAGGCUAUUGUGACCCAGAUGUGUUGUUGUGUUGCUGCAUACUGUACUUGCUAGAGGAAGACUGUCAGGUGAUCUAAAGCCACAAGCAGCAGCGUGCCACCAACUCAAAAAAAGAACAAAAAAGGACUUGGUGACAGAUUUGUUAAUAGACAAUAACAAAAAAUGCCAUUAAAUCUGCAGCCAACUUUUGCACCAACAACUCUUUUAUAAGCAGAUAAACUCCUAAUAUUCAUCUCUUUCAUCACUUGUGCAGUUGACUAUACUUUGGCUUUGCAGGGAAAACGUUCAAAAACCUUGAUUGAAUGUAUAGUAAGACAGUGUUGCUAGGCAACAAGUACAAUCUUGGCCAAUGGACAGAAGUUUAGAUAAUAUUGCUUAGCAAGAUUUGGAUCCAGGAAGUAAAAACUAAGCCAUUGGUGGCUUAUAAAAUGUCCCAGAAAACCAAAUGAUGCAACAAAUCUUAAUGUGGUUACAAGACAUUGGAGCUGUCAGAUGUGCAAUGACCUUCAUUCUCACACUUUGCUCUCAAACUGGUGCCCACAUCUCAUCAGGAACUCCAGAAGUCUGACAUGAAACAACUGUGAAAUUUAGGGCUGCAACUAAUUAAUAUUUUCUUUAUUAAUUGACCUGUUCUGGAAUUAAUCAACUUGGUCAGUCUAUAAAAUGUCAGAAAAUAAUGAAAAACCCAAGAUGACGUCUUGAAAUGUCCUAAUAAACAGUACGCAAUACAAAAAUAUUUACUAUCUAUUUAAAUG